AUGGCUCCUCCACCUAAAUAUAUAAUUACAAGGAAAUUAGUUAGAAAAUAUUUCGAAAAAAAUUUACCAAAAUAACCACUUGAAACUUAAGCUCAAUAGGGUUUAUUACAGAAAUGUUGGAAAUAAUAUGGUUUAGAUGAUCCUAGAUGCAAAUAAUUUGAAGCCUUACAUGACUACUUACAUACUUAAACAUAAUAAUAUCGUGAAAAGAUUAAAAAUCUUAGAAUUAAAGAAGAUGUUAUGGGAAAAUUAAAUACUCCAGUGUACAAAAAUCAAAAAAAAGGAAGAUUUUAAUCAGGCGAAAUUCGUGAAUGGAAUAUUUACGAUGGUUUAAAAUGA